UAGGGGUGGGGCCUCGGUGCGGCGAGGCGGCGGGCAACCGGGAGGUUGGUUGGCGGGCGGGCAGAGGUGCGGAUAGCGCGCUGUACUAUCUUUGGAGGGCCAUGGCCGCUUCUCCAAUCCCUGGCGGUGGCGGUGCGGGAGCUGUCCACUCCUCCAACGCCUCUGGCUUCGCCUUCGACUCCGGACUGGAGAUCAGAACGCGCUCAGUGGAACAGACUCUUCUGCCCUUGGUUUCUCAGGCAGAGACAAGAACUGGUACCUGCUAUCACAGACCUAUUCAAACUAUGCUGGAAAUCCCAGACCUUCUACAAGACAAGAAGAAACAAAAGAUUACCACUCUUAUUAAUCAUAAAGAUAAUACCAAAAAGUCUGAUAAAACUCUGCAAGCAAUUCAGCGUGUGGGACAAGCUGUCAACUUGGCCGUUGGAAGAUUUGUUAAAGUAGGGGAAGCUAUAGCCAAUGAAAACUGGGAUUUGAAAGAAGAAAUUAACGUUGCCUGUUUUGAAGCUAAACAAGCAGGUGAAACAAUCGCCUCUCUCACAGAUGUGACCAAAUGGAGCCAUUUGGAAUCAGAUGGUCAGGUCACAGUUCUGACAGACAAAACAGGAGUCGUGCAGGCCGCCAGGCUGCUGCUCUCCUCAGUGACAAAAGUGUUGCUGCUGGCAGAUCGUGUAGUCAUCAAGCAGAUAGUGACAUCGAGAAACAAGGUUCUUGCGACCAUGGAUGGGCUAGAGAAGGUAAACAGCUUUCAGGAAUUUGUUCAGAUAUUCAGCCAGUUUGGAAACGAAAUGGUGGAGUUUGCACAUCUGACGGGAGACAGACAAAAUGAUUUAAAAGAUGAGAAGAAAAAGGCCAGAAUGGCUGUGGCGAGGGCCGUGCUUGAAAAGGGCACCAUGAUGCUCCUCACAGCCUCCAAGACAUGUCUCAGGCACCCCAGCUGUGAGUCAGCCCAUAAAAACAAAGAAGGAGUGUUUGACCGGAUGAGAGCAGCCCUGGAGAAGGUCAUCGAGAUCGUGACUGACUGCAGACUCAGCGGAGAGGCCGACGGCUCGUCUGUCAGCAUUUAUACUGGCAUCAAAGAGUUGAAGUUGAAUAUUGAAGCUCUUCGGGAGAAUGUUUACUUUGAGUCCAAAGAGAACCUUUCUGCCACAUUGGAGGUCGUCUUAGAACGCGUGGAGGACUUCACUGAUUCUGCCUACACGAGCCACGAGCACAGGGAACGCAUCUUGGAGCUGUCUACCCAGGCGAGGACAGAACUGCAGCAGUUCGUUUCUGUUUGGAUGCAAGCCCAAAGCAGGAAGACAGAGAGCACGGCCGAGGAGCUGGAACUCGCUGUUCUGAAGUUCAGCCACAGCCUGGAUGAGCUGAGGAAAGAGCUCCAUUGUACAGCCAUGCAGCUGGCAGGCGACCUGUUAAAAUUCCAUGCUGAUCAUGUGGUUUUAAAAGCAUUAAAAGUUACUGGAGUAGAAGGAAAUUUGGAAGCGUUGGCUGAGUAUGCCUGUAAACUCUCUGAGCAGAAAGAACAGCUUGUUGAGACAUGCCGGUUGUUGCGGCAUGUAUCUGGCACAGAACCCCUUGAGAUAACGUGCAUACAUGCAGAAGAAACGUUUCAGGUGACUGGCCAACAGAUCAUUUCUGCUGCUGAAACAUUGACGUUGCAUCCGUCUAGCAAAAUUGCUAAGGAAAACCUGGAUGUGUUUUGUGAAGCUUGGGAAUCUCAGAUUAGUGACAUGGCAACGCUGCUAAGAGAAAUCAGUGAUGUGUUUGAAGGAAGACGAGGAGAGAAGUAUGACCAUCUUUCACUGCCAAAGCCUAUGAAGAAUAAUGCAAACCUGAAAUCACUAAAGCCUGACAAACCUGAUUCAGAGGAGCAAGCCAAGAUAGCCAAGCUCGGCCUGAAACUGGGGCUGCUCUCCUCCGAUGCGGACUGUGAAAUUGAGAAAUGGGAAGAUGAGGAGAACGAGAUAGUUCAACACGGACGGAGUAUGUCCAGGAUGGCCUAUUCUCUGUAUUUAUUUACUAGAGGAGAGGGGCCACUGAAAACUUCCCAGGACUUAAUUCACUUUCUAGAGGUUUUUGCUGCAGAGGGAUUAAAGCUUACUUCAAGUGUACAGUCAUUUUCAAAGCAGCUAAAAGAUGAUGACAAACUUAUGCUUCUCCUGGAAAUAAACAAACUAAUUCCUCUAUGCCACCAGCUUCAGACAAUAACUAAGACAUCUUUGCAGAGUAAAGUGUUUCUAAAGGUUGACAAGUGUAUCACAAAGAUAAGAUCCAUGAUGACUCUGGUGGUCCAGCUCCUCUCACUUUGCUAUAAGCUACUGAAGAAGAUGGAAAACAACAGAUGGGGCUCAGCGACGAACAAAGACACCAUGGAUGGUCAAAGCUGAGCACCUGGGGUUCGUCUCUGGAAGACCAUGUGGCACAGCUGACAUUUUCAAAAGCAAAUGAUCCUUUGUACUUUCAUAAGUUCAUCAGUCUUUUAAAGAGAAUGCUAAAAUCUUUCUUUUUUUCUGAUCUUCAGAUUAGACAGUCAUGUUGCUAUGGUGGUUGCUAAGGUUCUAAUGGCAGUGCAAUUUGAAAACCGACACUAUACUCAGGAUGUUUUUCAGCACACACCAAAUAUCCGAACUGUCUUAAUGGUGGCUUAAUCCCAAAGAAGCAAUGGCAAAUGCACGCUCCCCUUUGGCAUCCUUAACUGUUUUUUAAGCUGAUUAUCUAUAACACUAAUUUCAGCAUAAAAUAUACAGUGGCCUUGUUGAGUGCAGUUUUCUUAGGCCCAUGGGCUCUUCAGUUCUUGUUGAGGCAGGAUAAGGGGCCAUCAGUGUCUGUCCCCAGAUCACACCUGUUAGCACUGUUGCUUCUAAUAAGUACCUCACUGGAUAAGCUUGUUAGGCUGCACCUGUCCCUUGCCCACAGAAGUCACUCCAAAGAACCCUGCGGCAACUUCAGAAGAGGAGAGUUUUAUUUUAGCUGUAGUAUGCAUAGCUGACCAGGCAGUCCUGAAUAAUGGGUGGGAUCCUAAGUAUUUCUUACUGGUUUAAAAACACUUUGAAGUACCCUUCUCAGUAUUGAUGAAAUGACAGUUGCAGAAGACAGAACAUUGGAACCAAAAGGCUGUUUAGAUUGCAGAUACCUACCUGUACACUGUAUUUUAUGUAUGUGGAAUUGGAAUGCUCGUCUUAAAAUAAAUAUUUUUAGUCUUU